CGCCCCUCGCCCCUCCCUCCGAGGCUGUUCCAGAUAAAACUCUCCUCCCCGCCGCCGGCCCCAACCUCCCCUGCGCUCUGCUGCGUCGCCCUCGCUUUCCCCAAGCAAAGAUGGAAGUCGUCAAUCAGCUUGUGGCCGUUGGGCAGUUCCGGGUCUUCAAGGAGCCUCUGGGCUUUGUAAAGUUGCUCGAAUGGUUCUUUUCCAUCUUUGCAUUUGCGACGUGCGGCAGCUACUCUGGAGAAUUCCGCAUGAGUGUCGAAUGCCCCAACAAGACCGAGAGCAAUCUCAAUAUAAAGGUGGAGUUCUCAUACCCUUUCCGGCUCCACCAGGUAUAUUUUGAUGCUCCGGCUUGUAAAGGGAGCGAACAGGAUAAGAUUUUCUUGAUUGGCGACUACUCCUCCUCUGCCGAGUUCUUUGUCACCAUUGCAGUCUUCACCUUCCUCUAUACCCUGGCCGCCAUGAUCGUCUACAUCUUCAUGCAGGACAAAUACAGGGAGAACAACAAGGGACCCAUGAUUGAUUUCAUUGUCACAGCCGUUUUUGCCUUCAUGUGGUUAGUGAGCUCCUGUGCUUGGGCCAAGGGGCUGUCAGAUGUCAAGGAGGCCACUGACCCUGAAAAUGUGAUUAAAGACAUGCCUUUGUGCGAGAGAGAAGGUAUCAAGUGCAAAGAGCUAAAGGAUCCAGUCACCUCUGGCCUGAAUACCUCUGUGGUUUUUGGCUUCCUGAACUUGGUGCUUUGGCUGGGGAACCUGUGGUUCGUGUUCAAAGAGACAGGCUGGAGUACCCCCUUCGUGAAGUAUCCCCCUGCCCAGGAGAAGCAGCCAGCACCUGACACCUAUGGCGAUGCCUACAACCAAGCCCCAGGCUAUGGACAGCAGGACUCAUAUGGGCAGCAGGCUGGCUACCAGCCUGAUUACAGCCAGCAGGGUUAUGGGCAGCAGGCAGACUACGGCCAGCAGGGUGGUUAUGGCCAAGGCGGGCCCACUUCCUUCGCAAACCAGAUGUAGGCGGGUCCGUAACCCCCAGUAGGAGGCGUUGUGAGAAGGAAGCCGCCAUCCUGUCCCUGCCCCCCAUGUCCCCUUGUGCAGGGGAAAGGGGGGGCUGGUGGGUGCUCGCACUGGGAGGGGGCUGGCGGGGUCCCCCCCAGGAUGAAUGUAGAUGUUUGUGCUGUUUAUAUAUAUAUAUAUAUAUAUAUUAUAUAUAUAUGAGAAACUACAACUAGGGAUAGACUGCCUCCCCUCCCACUACCGCAUUGCGUCAUGCACACACACACUGCCCUACGUCAUUACCCACCCCCCAAGACAGCUCCUUGCCCUUACACCGCUCCCUUGAUACCCUGUUACCCCAUGCCACUCCCUGCAGCCACCCCCCCCACAGUUCUCCAGCUAAAACUAGCUAUCCGACCACCUCUCUAACCUGCCCAUUCCCUUCCCCAUCCCUUUUCGACCCUACCCCACCCACCUGAUAUUAUGGAAGGGAUUGCAUGACUCUCCUCACUCUUGGACACCCACCUCCAACACAUUCCAAAGUACUCCCCAAACCUCUCCCAUCUCCCCUCUGCAUGCCCCUUUUUAAAGCAAGUGGGGGAGGGGCAGAAGGGUCUACGGUUGAGGACUAUUUUGGAUGCCUUGUAGAGGGGGUCGUCUUGAGAGUUUGAAUGCCAGGCAGUUUGGGGGUUUCAGGGGUUUGGGGUUCAGUCCUACAGCCAGCACUUUAAUUCAGAUUUUAACACACACACACCCUCCAUUCUCAGCACCUUCAAAAAUUCAAGGAUCAGGAUGGAGGGCUUCCUAAAUCAUGGGAUAAUUCUCUCUUGCUUUCCUCUUCCAUAUAAUGGUCCAUUUUGCAGAUGGUGAAACUGGGUGAGCCUAGGAGGGAUUUACAGCACUGAGGUGCUCAUUAUUAUUUUGAAGGGGGGGGUGUCUGUGUGUGUGUGCGUGUGUGUGCGUGUAUGUCUAAUCACUGCAGAAGAGUUCGAGUGGGGAGGCAAGAAGCAGAGUGGGGGUGGGGGUAUCGCUUCCAGUGAGCUGUCUUUCUGGGGGCCAGAGCCAGUGUUCCCUCUAAUUUUUUUCAUCUGUGCGUGAAAUGAGUAUUGUUCUGUGUGCACGUACAAUCAGAAUGCGGCCUUCUUGAUUUAACCUGAAUUCUAUCUACAAUUAACUGAGUGGACAUCAAAACACUUGUGUGCACGUGCACAUGCGCAUGCCUUAGAGGGAACACUGAUCAGAGCCCCAUUAUGAUUUUCCCUGAUACCAGCAUGUAUGCCAUGAUUACCAGUGCAGCUGGGGCCCACAGUUCAGGGGCAGGGGGGACUGAGGGAGAGACUCCACGAUCCAUCCCUUUUUUUCCAUGCUCUUUUUAAUUUAUUUGUCUAAGAUUGCAGAUUUAAGAUAGUUUUAUGUGGAUUCGUCUUAAUACCUUUUAUUCAUGUCAUACUCACAAUCAGGGUAGCUAAAAGCCCUAUUCAGACAUUAUGUUGUAUGUGCCGACAGGUGGCUGUACACAUGUACACAUUUUGUGUGAAUGACUGUUCUUGCAUUCAUUUUCCAAGUGAACCUGGGUAUAGGCUCCCUUAAAUAAGGGUUCAGCUAGGAAGCAUACUACUGUAAAUGCACUGAACAUAAUCUGUGACUAACUGCACAAGUGUACAGAUCUGUCUGUGAGUACACCUUUCACAAACAUAAUGUGUGAAUAGAGGUAAAGUGGGCAUCAUUUCAGUGUUCAGAUGUUUGGUGGCCUCCGCAUGACCACUUGGGGGAGUGUUGGGACUUGCUGUCAGGCUUACAGUGCAGUGGGAAUUGGGUAGAGGCAAAAGAGCUUUUAUGAACCGCACUUUGAGCAGUCGUGGCUCAGAAAAGUGCUGCCGCAGUGAUGGAACCAGUGCCUCAACAUCAUUUUCACUGGGUCCUGGGCAUGCUAGCAGCUCCACACACUGCCAUAGACAAUUGCAUGGGAGCAACUGAGCUCCUGAGCUGGGCCCUAUGGGCAGUGAUCCUGGAUUACUUCUGGUACAGAAGAAGGCUGUUAUCUUCUGUGAUUUGUAUUAGAUUCUGAACUUAGCAUAGUUUAUUGGAAAUUGGUUCCAUCUGGGUUUACUUCCAAGUAAAUGUGUUUCAGAUCAGGAUAACCCUUAAUCUAUCUCUCUCCUGCCCUCCAUUUCCAAUUCAUUUUUUCUCUUUGAUUUAUCUCUCACACACUCCUUUCCCCCCCUCCCAUUCUCCCUACACUUCUUUCUCUUUGUCAUCAUAGAGCUGGUUCAGCUCUAUAUAUUCAGCGCUAUGUAUCUUUCCACUCACCCAUCCCUUUCUCUGGCCCUUCCCAAAAUUCUUGCUCUACCUUAAAUCUACAACCUAUAGCCUCUAGCCCAUCCUAUUUUCCAUAGCAGCCAAAGCUUCUCUCCAGCCCCUCCCCCCAAUCCAUCCUACCCCCAUUCCCAGUGGCACUCUGACUAUAUAUUACUCAGUGUCUGUGUAUCUGAUCGUGCCGUAAUUGUGCGUUUCGGUUUGUCUGGCUCUUUGCCCCGGUCGAUAUCGUGUGAUUUUUUCUUCCAUCUUUACAUGACAAAAAAUACCAGCGACAACAGCAAAACAACAGGAAAAAUAUGCAUUAAUUCUCCCAAAUCUGCCCCCACACCCCAAAAGGUAUAGAGAAAAUAAACGAAUAAAAACCAAAUAAAAAGAGAAAGAAAAUGUAUUUAAAAAUAAAUGUUUGGAGUGUA